AUGGAGAAGGCAUUGAGUGGUUUGUGCUGUCUGGUAACAGGAGCUGCUGGAUUUCUUGGGAAGAGAAUUGUGCUGCUCCUGAUGGAGGAAGACCUGGCUGAGAUCCGUGUCAUGGACAGAAGCUUUAGCACAGACUUCCUGAGCAUGUGUGAGAAAUUUAAGAAGACAGCGUCAGUGAAGCUACUACAGGGGGAUAUUCGUGAUGAAGAGUUUUUACUCAGUUGCUGCCGAGAGGUAGACCUGGUUAUACACGCAGCAUCUGUGAUAGACACUUUAGGCCAGAUAAGUAAAGAUGUGCUAAUGGCUAUCAAUGUGACCGGGACUCAGAACCUGUUGGAGGCUUGUGUUCACAACAAUGUGCCUUAUUUCAUAUACACCAGCAGUGUGGAAGUGGUUGGCCCUAAUAGCAGAGGAGAUCCAGUAUUUGAUGGAAAUGAGAACAUGGUAUAUGAAAGCAAACUGAACUUUCCCUAUGGACAAAGUAAGAUGUUGGCAGAACAGAGUGUUUUGAAGGCCAAUGGUAGGGUACUCAAAGAUGGAGGAACCCUCAUCACCUGCUCCUUGAGGCCCAUGUACAUCUAUGGAGAGGGAUCACAGUUCCUUCAGCUGCACCUUGACCAAGCUAUACUGAAUAAUGAUGUCUUUCACAGACAGUCCAGAAAAGAAGCUCUUGUGAAUCCAGUUUAUGUGGGGAAUGUUGCCUGGGCUCAUAUACAGGCUGCUAGAGCACUGACAGAUUCAGAAAGAGCCAAAAAGAUUGCAGGCAACUUUUACUACAUCUCAGAUGACACUCCUCAUUUGAGCUACUCUGACUUCAACCACACUCUGGGCAAGGAGCUAGGACUGGGAGUGGAGCCGAGAUUGGUUCUUCCUUUCCCUCUGCUCUACUUUGUGGCUUUCCUGAUGGAGAUUCUCAGCUUUGUUCUCAAGCCAGUUGUAACAUUUGUUCUGCCUUUCAACAGACAUCUCUUGAUCCUGGUCAACACUCCAUUCAUCUUCUCAUACAAGAAGGCGCAGAGAGAUAUGGAGUAUACACCGCGAUAUAGCUGGAUGGAGUGCAAGAAUUUUACAGCAACAUGGAUAGCAUCUGCUCUACCAGUGCGCAAGGAGGUCUUAAACAAGAAAAAGCAAAACUGA